AUGAAUACUACUUAAGCACUCUAAUAAACUAUUCAUAAUUAUUGUCUACAAGUACUCUAAGCUGGAGAUUUUACGGUAUCACUUUCAUCUCUAUAUAUUCUCUUUAGAAAAACCAACAAAUUAUUGACAAUCUUAAAUCAUUUAUUUUAGAUUGGAAUAAUUUACCUAUCUUUAAAAACAUUGUUGAAUAGGAUCAAAAUCCAGUUACCAUUUUUGUACUUUAUAACAUACUUUAAAAAUCUGUUACUUUAAACUCCAAAUUCAUUAAUGUACUUUAACCUUCAUUAAGAAAAUAAUCUACUUUUGAAGAAUUAGAAAUGUAUACUAUGUCUUUAUCUUAGCAAUCAAAAAUAAUAUUAUAAUACCAUUGUUAAUCAACAUAUAGAUAUUGUUAUCACUUAUUUUGCUAAAAACUUAAAUCACCCUAAUUAUGUAUAAAAUACAGUUCUAUUUGUUUUAUCCUUUAUAAUUAGAAAAUAUUGGACAGAUAUAUCCAACUCUGAUUAAUUAUUAGAUAAAUUGAUUAACACAUUUUUUAACACUCAAAGUUACUCAGUUUUAACUCUAGGGUGUAAACUAUUUGAAAAUCUCUUAAUUUGUGUCAGAUCUUAUUACUAUGCCUCCAAUUAUUUGGAAUUCAGAAAAAUUAUGAUGAGCUUCUUGAAGUAAAAUAUAAAUCUCUUCAUUUUAGAACAUCCUUAAGUAAUCUCUUAUGUUCUACUCAUAAAUUAAUUAUUUGUUAAUUGUAACAUAAAACAUUUCUAUAAUUAUAUCAAGAUGAUAAGACUUUUAUUAGUUCAUUAAUUCAAUUGCUAUAUUCAUUCAUGACUUUUAAUUUUAAUCUAAGCUUUUAUGAAGUUGAGGCAGAUCAAGAUCAAAAAGAUAAUUAUAUUGUUAAUGUAAUAAAUCAAAAAAAUUAUUUAGUUUCCUGACUUUUACAUUUCAAUAAUAACUGAAUUAAAACUCAAUCAAGAAAUUUUCAAAUCCAUUAUAGACUUUUAUACUUUAGAUUAAACUAUUUCAAUCAAAUUAAUUACUAUUAUUUAAAGAAUAGCAGCUUCAAGACUUUCACUUUUUUUAGGAAAACGUCCUUCCAAAUAAAUACUAAGAAAAACUUUAUGGGAAGGUUUACUUUAUUUAUUAAAUAACAAUUCAAUUUAUAUUACAAAUUAUGAUUUUUGUAAUGAAAUUUGUAUAUUUGCAAUUAAAUUAAUAGUAAAUAAUAUUUUUUCUAAUCUAGUCAAACUUCACACUUAAAAAGCUUAACAAAUUUUCAGAUUUUUUUGAUUAAUGUGUAGUCUAAUUUAAUUAAAUAAAUCAAGCAAUCUUCAGUAAUUAUUAAAUUAAGAUCCAACCAAAUAGUUUAUUUAUUAAAUUACAAGAAGUUUGGAAUUCAUUUUAAUAAUAAUUAAACCCAUACAAAUAACAUUUUAUAACAUAAUAUUAGAAUCUAUCAAAUUCUAUAAAUUUCAAUUUUAAACUUCUUCUUCAAGCAUUUUAUAAUGGGAAUCCAUUUGUAGAUAUUCCAUCAAACAUCCCAAUUAAAAAAAUUUAGAAGUUUAUAAAUAAAAGUUUUAAAUUAUGUGCUUAAGUGUAUUAAGAAAAUGCAGUUGAAUGUACAAAUUUACUUCUGGAAUCCUUUAAAACAAUUCCAAUCCAUGUAUUAAUUAUUUCUCAUUUUAGUAAAUAUAGUAAAUGGUAGAAUAGGAACAAAUGAAUUUAAUAUGUAAAUUUAUUUUUUUAUUUUUAGAAAAAAUGAAUUCACUACUCUGUUUAAUAUCAGCUUUUGUUGUUAGUCCAACCUAAGGAGAAUUAUUGACUGGAUAUGAUUAUUAUGGUUAAUAAAAUAAAUAAGAGAGACCUCCUUAGUUCGGCCAAUUAAUCAUAUAUAUUUUGGAAAUAAUAUCAUUUACUAAUAAGAUCACUUUAACAGCCACAACUGCUGAAAUGAAAUAUAUUAUAAAAAUGUUUCACACAAAUUGUUUGAUUUUCAUACAAACUUACAUAAUGCAAACUGUAGAGAGUGUAUAUUAUGAUGAAACCACAAAUAUGAUCAGUACUUAAUCAUAAUUGUAAUUACAAAUAUAUUACUUUAGAUAAACAAACAUUUUUCGUGAUUAAGCAAAUUAAUAGAAUUUUUUAGUAAUUAUGGAGACAUGUUUAGAAAGAUGGUAUUAUUAUAAAUAAAUUAAGUUAUCAAAUUUUUACUAUGAAUGAACCUGAUUUAGUAGAAUACAGUUUUUAAAUUUUAUAAUUUACAUAUGAGAAGUAAAGUAUAUUGUAAUAAAAAUUAAAGAUUAAAGAGACAACUUGAUAGAAGAGUAUUUUAAGCAAGUUCUGUUAAUACUAUGUUAAGAUAAUUCUAUCUUUAGAUGGAUUUGACUUGUUUUAAUGAAAUUAAGUAUAUUAAAAAGAGAAAACUUGUCUAUUAAUUAAUUACUCUUGUAUGGAUUGAUGAUCAAAUGGAUGAUUAUGUUCCAGCUUUGGUGGACAUUUAUAAAUAGAUCAAGAAAUCAAUUGCUGUAGAAGCAGAUAAAAUAAAUAUGCUUAAAUAUAUAUGGGAUAUAAUCGGAUUAGCAAAUGAAAUAGAUAUAGAUAAAAUUUAUAGAAUCUUUUUACGAAUUGUGUACUAUGAGAUAAUUAUUUUAGUUUACCUGAUUUACAGAAAAUAUUAUGUCCAGAAAAUGUUCAAUUUUUUGUCUCUGAUUUUGAUUCAUCUAUUGGAUUAACUACUUUAAUUUUUACUAUUUUUAAAAAUAAGUAAAUUUAAAAAUUUAAUUUAGAAAUACAAGAUUAUCUAAUGAAAAUAUAUAGUUAGUUCUUUAUACAAUUUAUGGAUAAGCUAAAAAUUAUUUUAUGGCAUCAAUUGAUUAUUUAAUAACUUAAGCUUAAAUUUCAUCUAAAUAAGGUUAAUAAGUUUAAGAAAAUAUUUUAAAGAUGGCUGCUAAAUUACUUAAAGUGAUGGGAUAAAUCUCUAGUUCUAAGUAAAUUAAUUAAGGAUUUUUUAUAAUCUAUUAAACUAAUUUCUGUUUAGAAUUAUUUAAAAAAUAAUUAUAACUAAUUUUAGUUUAUAGACCAUUAUUCUAAAAUUUGAUUAAAUAUAAACGUUAUCUCUUUGAAUGUCUAGAAGGUAUUUGUUAAGAACACAGCGAAACAUUAACAUAUAGAUGUGGUGCUGAAACAUUUUUAGAGUUGUUUGAAUUAUCAGAAAAUGUUUUAAAAGAAAUUCUUAAUUUUUAAUCAAUAAAGGGUGAUGAAUAAAUUAAUGAAGAAGCUAUUUAAUUAUCAUAAUUAGCAACAAUUUUAGUUAAUUCAAUUUAAUUUUUAAUUCAGGAAAGUGUAAUUGGAGAAGAUUAAGACACAAAAACGAUUAAACUUAAAAUGUCUGAAAUCUAUUCUCAAGGAAAAAAACUAUUGUAAUCAAUUUUUAGAUUCAGUUUUAUGGUAACUGUAGCAUUCCCUAAAAUACUAAAAUUCUUAUAGCCUAAUUCUGAUAUAAUUUUUGCGAUAUCUUUAUUUGAUCCAAAAGAAGUAAUUAAUAAUAAUUUAUAAAUUAGUUUUAAAAUCUUAUUCUAUAAUUGAUUUAAGAGUAUUAAAAUUAAUUAUGGCUAUCAAAUCUUAUCAUAGAUCCAAUAACAAUAGGAUAUUAAAGUAAAAUUAAAUUUAAUUAUUAAGGUUUGGAAAACUAUUUGAAUAGCUUCACAAAAGAUAACUUUACUAAAUAAAUAAAAUAUGUACUUGAAUAUAUUUGUCAUGAUUCUUAAUGA